UGAAACUGUCGACUUCGAUCGCGUGUUUGUGUGGAUCUCUGCUGCUGUCUGAAAUCAGAGACAUGGCGACAAACAACACCAAAAGCACCGACGGACAAGUUGUGACGGAACUCAACGAGAUCACAACUAAUGACAAACCCAAAACAGAGGACGCCAAACCAGAGAAGAACAAGAAAGACAUUCCAGACAGAGAAACUUGGGGUGGGAAAUUUGAUUUUCUUCUGUCAUGUGUGGGCUACGCCAUCGGACUGGGAAACGUGUGGAGAUUUCCUUAUCUGUGCGGAAAAAACGGCGGAGGGGCUUUCUUGAUUCCUUAUUUUUUGACGCUUAUUUUUGCGGGAGUCCCUCUUUUUUUUCUUGAAUGCGCUCUUGGACAAUACACAUCCAUUGGUGGCCUCGGGGUUUGGAAACUAGCUCCAAUGUUUAAAGGUGUUGGUCUUGCGGCUGCUGUUCUCUCAUUUUGGCUGAACAUUUACUACAUUGUCAUCAUUGCCUGGGCCCUGUACUAUUUAUACAACUCCUUUACCACUGAUCUUCCAUGGAAAUCGUGUAACAAUCCAUGGAACACAGACAGAUGUUAUACAAACUACAGCAUAGUAGACACCACCAAUCUCACCAGUGCUGUCAUGGAGUUUUGGGAACGAAAUGUGCAUCAAAUGACUGAUGGCUUAGAAAAACCUGGUGAAAUUCGUGUGCCACUUGCAAUAACACUGGCCAUUGCCUGGGUCCUCGUGUACUUCUGUAUAUGGAAAGGUGUUAGCUGGACUGGAAAGGUUGUUUACUUCUCUGCCACCUAUCCAUACUUCAUGUUGUUCAUUUUGUUUAUCCGUGGAGUGACCCUGCCUGGGGCUAAAGAGGGAAUCUUGUUCUAUAUCACUCCUGAUUUUGAGAAGCUGAAGGAGUCUGAGGUCUGGUUGGAUGCUGCAACACAGAUUUUCUUCUCCUAUGGUUUGGGUCUGGGCUCCCUUAUUGCUCUGGGCAGCUACAACCCUUUCAAUAACAACGUGUACAGGGAUUCUAUCAUUGUGUGCUGCAUAAAUUCCUUCACUAGCAUGUUUGCUGGAUUUGUGAUUUUCUCAAUCGUGGGCUUUAUGGCACAUGUGACAAAGAGACCAAUAGCUGAUGUAGCUGCGUCAGGACCGGGUUUGGCAUUUUUAGCUUAUCCAGAAGCUGUAACGCAGUUGCCCGUUUCCCCACUGUGGGCCAUUCUCUUCUUCUCCAUGCUGCUGAUGCUGGGAAUCGACAGUCAGUUCUGUACAGUGGAGGGCUUCAUCACUGCUCUGGUGGAUGAGUUCCCACGGCUACUCAGGAAAAGGAGAGAGAUUUUUAUUGCAUGUGUCUGCGUUGUGUCCUACGCCAUCGGGCUGUCCAAUAUCACACAGGGGGGUCUCUAUGUGUUUAAACUCUUCGACUAUUACUCAGCCAGUGGAAUGUGCCUGCUCUUCCUGGUGUUUUUUGAGUGUAUCUCCAUCUCCUGGUGUUAUGGUGUGAACAAGUUUUAUGAUAACAUCCAGGAAAUGAUUGGAUACAAGCCUUGUCUAUGGUGGAAACUGUGCUGGGUUUUCUUCACCCCUCUUGUUGUUGCUGGUGUGUUCCUCUUCAGCGCGGUGCAAAUGGUUCCUCUUACAAUGAACAACUAUGUGUUCCCUAAAUGGGGGCAAGGAGUGGGCUGGCUUAUGGCUCUGUCAUCUAUGGUUCUUAUACCAGGAUAUAUGGGCUACAUGUUCCUCAACCUGAAGGGGACAUAUAAGGAGCGAAUCAGGAUAAUGCUGCAGCCUCCAGCUGUGAAGCGUUCCCAGGAGAACGGGCCAGAGCAACAGCAGUCACAGCCACCGAUACAAGAGCAAUCACCACAGCAGCCACAAUCACCGCAGCAACCGCAAUCACCACUACAACCACAAUCCCCACAACAACCGCAAUCGCCAGAACAACCACAAUCACCACAACAACCACAAUCACCGCAACAACCGCAGCCACCGGACCAAGCACCUCAGCAACCACAAUCACCACCGCAACCACUGCAGCCGCAGGUACAGGCUGAUAGCUCUUCUCCAACUAAUCCUGGCAACGAUGCCAACGUUUAAACCCAGUAAAGGUGUACCCCAGCAGAGAGCAAUCAAAGAUUAACAACACAGAAGACUUCCAUCUCUAUACAGUAAUAGAAUCAUCUACCUCCAGGGGUCAUACAUAAAUAUAAAAUGUGAAAAAACAAAGAAAAAAGAAAAACAUAUUCACGCAAAACAUUUGCAUUUGAAAAUCUUACAUGCACACAGCAAUUCUGUAAGCUUUCCAAAUGCGAAGCAAAGAGUGUCCGUGUUAAAAAUGACUAUGUAUUAUGUGAAUUUGUCUCUACUAAGGUUAUACUGUGAGUUAGAUUUAAGGACAGUGCAUUGUUUUGCAAUGCAUAAGCUAUUUAUGUCAGGUAUGUACUGUUUUUUAUGUUAUGCACCGGGGACCAAGUGGGAAUCCGUGAGUAUCAAAGAGAAACUGGGUGAGAUUAUGUUACAUCCUGGGUCAUUUGGAAAUACCAAGGUGUGUCAAGCAAACCCUGUGUCUGAAGCACAACUGAUGUUUAAUCUGUAGCCCUUGGAUGAACCAUUAUAUGUUGUUGAACAUUUUCGUUGAGAGACUGUUGCUGUUUUUUUUUUUUUGACAUAAAAAAGAGAAACCAGUUGUUUGCUAAUAGAACAAGCCCUGUGUCUGAAGCACAAAUGAUUUUUAAUCAGCUUGGAUGACCCAUUCUAUAUUUUGUUGAAUAUUUUUGUUGAGAGAGACUGUUACUAUUUUAUUUUUUCCGAGAUAAAAAAGUACUUGUGUGUGAUUAAAACAUUUUUAGAGUUAUUUUUAGAAUGCUUUGUACUUUAAUGUUGAGACCAAGGACCAAAAUCUUAAACUAAAGCAAAAACGAAUCUAUGCCUGGCAGUGUGUAGUUUGUAAAGCACAGGGUACAAAACAAAAAACAGACAAUGAGAACACCACAAAACACAGGGUGAAUAUUUUUGCUGAUUAUUCUACAGAUUACUUAUGAGUACUGUCAAUUCAGUGUCUUGUUUACAUGUCCCCUCAGGAAUAUCCAAAAAAAAAGAAGGGAAACAAAAACUCUGAUAUGUCUCUCACCCUGAGUGCAUAUCAGCUCUUCAAGCCUGUGAUUAAUGCAUUUGCAAUUUGCAUGACCGUUAUACUUCAUGUGCCAAAAUGUGCUAAAAACAAAACCGAUAACCACACACAAACUGGCCACCCAGUUACAAUGGUUUACAUGACUAGAUUGUGCCAUGUGUUUUUUUUUUUUUUUAGAUAAAAGAAGAUUUCUUAAUACUUGAUAACAUUUUAAGUAGCAUAUAUAUAUAUCUAUAUCAGAAGGGUUUAUCUGCCCUCGUUUUCCCAAAAAAGAACGAAAGCACAAAACUUCUCCAAUGAUAGGGCAAUGAUGUGGUGACAGUUUGCAUCAAAGGCAGCUACACAUGAAAAGCAUUUGGUCAUGUUAAUCAUGUUUA